AUGCAAGGCUUGAUCAAAACCCUAGUCCUCUUUGCAGCCUUCACCUACAGUGUAUCUGCGACCUGUAAGGAUCGACUUGAAGCUGAUCAGUGUGAAAAAGCCCUUGGCAAGUUCCCGAUGGAUCCUAAAGGUGUUUUCAUUCCUGGUAGCAAUUAUUACGAGGCCUCUUGUGGAACCUGUGUGGCUCAGGGUACCAGUAACAUCGACAGUUCUAGCAAGGGUAUGAUCAGCGCCCUGAAACAGAUUUUGGCUGGUGAAGAAAACGGAUGCAAUCCACUAAUCAUUAUGUUGGAUGGAAAAGUUGGACUCAUCUUUUCCAUCAUACAGGGUAAGGGUGUCGCAAUUGUAAACCCAUGA